AUGGCGCGCCGCCGUAGCCCGCGCCUCCAUCCCCAGAUCCACGCGAGCGAGGAUGGCGUCAGAAUGACCCGCCGCAUCAGUCGCCGCCGGGGCAAAUCGCCGGCGGAGGCUGCCUCCCUGCCGGACGGCGACGACAUACUCCGGGAGAUCCUCCUCCGCCUCCCGCCGCUGCCCUCCUCCCUCCCGCGCGCCUCUGCCGUCUGCAAGCGCUGGCGAGGCCUCGUCACCGACCCCCGGUUCCUCCGCCAGCUCUAUGCACACCACCGGAAGCCGCCCCUCCUCGGCGUCUUCUCGAGGAGGAACCACCUGGGGAACGAGUUCGUGUUCAAUCCCAUCCUGGAUCCUCCCGACCGCAUACCUCCUCGGCGCUUCAACCUUGGACGCUGCAGCAGCCACAAUUUGCUCGAUUGCCGCCAUGGCCUCGUCCUCGUCGAGAGCAGGUGGCGGACAGAGGUCGUCGUGUGGGACCCCAUCAGCAGCGAGCAGCGCCGCCUGGCCAUUCCUCUGGUGUUCAAGAUGCACUUCUUCAACGGGGCAGUGCUUUGCGCUGCCGGCGAACAGGGCCACGUUCAUGGCGGCUGCCACUCGAGCCCAUUCAAGGUGGUGUUGAUGUCCGCCUACAAACUAUAUAGUCAACCCUUUGUCUGUGUUUACUCCUCGGAGACUGGCAUAUGGGGCAAUCCCAUCUUAACAGAGGCUUCUUGUGAGAAUCGUAGACGACGUCCGGUCCUCGUUGGCAAUAGCCUUUACUGGGUGUGCAGCCGCGAUAGCAUAUUUGAGUUUGAUUUGGGUGAGCACAGCCUAACUGUGAUCGCAGGACCUCCCGUUGCAGAUGAUAUCUUCUUUCAAGACUAUCAGGUCAUUCAGGAUCAGCAUGGUGCUCUUGGCUACGCCAUAUUGUCAUAUCCUCACUUCGAAUUGUGGCAAAGGAAAGCCAAUGGUCAUGGUGGUGCCACAUGGGUGCUUGAAACGCAUACCAUUCUUGAACUGCCUCAUGCUGAAGGAGCGAUGGUGGUUCUGCUGGCUUAUGAUUGCGAUUCUGAUGUCAUACUUUUAAGUAUGAGCGGCAAUACCUACAUGGUUCAACUCAAGUCUAUGCAAUCCAGGAAACUUUAUGAAACCAUUGACAUCACUUGCCAUCUUCCUUUCAAAAGCUUCUAUACACCAGGCACAGCCAUUGCUCGUGGAUUUAAUGGAGCUGAAAUGCUACAGAUAGGAUGACUAUCUGGUUUGAUGUGCUACUGUGCUGGAAUAGUUCAACGGGUAAGAUCUUGUUGAUAUAGUCUGCGAGAUCUUGAGUCUAGACUGUAUGAUUUUUUAUAUAUAUGGUAAAAUAUCUGAUUUGUAGCACAGUGGCAUUCAAGCACAAGGCCACAAACUACUUUCCAUUUGGCUGUAGGGAUUCACUCAUGUAAAUAACUCGGAAAGCAAAUUAAAUGAUUGUGAUGCUGAGAUAGAUGGCUCUUUUUUUAGAUUGUAAAGUGAUAUCCGGAUUAUUCAGAAGUAUGGUGUUGGUGUUCAGAUUACUUGGGAGUGCCUAGUCUGGACAUGCCUAUUGUUUUCCCUUGGUUUAGCUGUUUGAUAGUUUGUAAGCUCAAAGCAAUACAUUGCUCCCUUUUGGCUUCACCUUGUGGAGAAACCAGCUACGAGCUCUGGUGGGAGAAGUCCUUAAAAAAGAGUAGUUCAUCCUGUUAUUAGUUCAUUACAAACA